ACAGGGGAUCGGCUUCUGGACAUUCCGUGCAAUGUGUGCGGGGACCGGAGCUCCGGGAAACACUACGGCAUCUACAGCUGCGAUGGGUGUUCGGGGUUCUUCAAGCGGUCGAUCCACCGGAACCGCGUGUACACAUGCAAGGCCGGCGGCGAAAUGAAGGGCCGCUGCCCCGUCGACAAGACGCACCGCAACCAGUGCCGCGCCUGCCGCCUCGCCAAGUGCUUCCAGGCCAACAUGAACAAGGACGCGGUGCAGCACGAGCGCGGCCCCCGCAAGCCGAAGCCGCACAACUCGCUGGGCUCGCUGCCGCCGCCUCUGCACACGCACAAGCCGCACGCACUCAAGCUCUCACCGCCCUCGCCUUACACAUCCCUACCUCAGCCUUUCAACUUUCAGUUCACAAUAACCAGUCCAAACGACUCUGCGCCACUGAGCGCGACGUCGUCGGCCGGGUCCAGCGGUGCGGGCGGCGCGGGCGCCGUCAGUCCUCUGCCGCUCAUCACGGAGCCCUUCCUGGCGCCGCCGCCCCCAGGGCUUCUGCAUAUGCUCAUGUCCAGUGAUAAGUGUCAGGAGCUAAUGUGGAGCGCGAAACAACUGCAGCUACAGGGGGACCCGUCGCUACUGCGGCCCCCGCCGAACGCGUUCGGAGCACCCCUUGCGCCAACAUGGGAACUGUUACAGGAAACCAGCGCCCGGUUACUGUUCAUGGCGGUCCGCUGGGUCCGCUGCCUCGCGCCUUUCCAGGCGUUGGCGCCAGGUGACCAGCUGGUGCUGCUGCGGGCCGCGUGGAAGGACUUGUUCCUGCUGCACCUGGCGCAGUGGUCCGCGCCCUGGGACCUGGCGCCGCUGCUGGCGGCCCCCGCGGCCAGGUCCCGCCUGCCGCCCGAACCGCUGGCGGACUUGGAGCUGAAUACGUUACAGGAAAUCCUGUGUCGGUUCCGGCAGAUUGCGCCCGACGGCAGCGAGUGCGGCUGCAUGAAGGCCAUCGUCCUUUUUUCGCCUGAUACACCGGGUCUCAGUGAAACCCAGCCAGUGGAGAUGCUGCAGGACCAAGCACAGUGCAUACUCGCCGACUACGUGCGGACGAGGUACACGCGACAACCUACACGAUUCGGUCGUCUCCUCCUGCUGCUGCCGUCGCUGCGCGCUGUCCGAGCCCGGUCGAUUGAGCUGCUGCUGUUCCGCGACACGGUGGGCGACGUGUCUGUGGCGACGCUCCUACACGACAUGUACCGCAUGCAGCCCGCGCCCGCCGCCUUCCCGUCCGCCACCAUCACUGACUGCUCCUCGCCGUAACUUCAUCGCUAGUUGCUCUUCAACUUUACAGCUGAGAGCGUAACUUUACAGCUGAGAGCGUAACUUUAUUGCUGAGAGCGUAACUUUAUUGCUGAGAGCGUAACUUCAUUACUGACUGCUCCUCGCCGCGCGGUAACUUCAUCGCUAGUUGAUUAUUACCGUAGCCUCAUAACUGGCUGCUCUUCGCUCUAACUUCGUCACUGAGCGCUCUUCUCUGUAAUGUUACUGACUGCUUCCUGCCGGAACUGAAAUAACAGAGGGCUCUUCACCAAAACCUGUUAGUAGCCUUAACUUCAUCGUUGUCUGUUCUUCGUCACUAAUUCAUCACAGGCUCGCUGUAGCGUUAUAACUUAGCGCUCUUUGACUUUAUCAGCUCUUCGUUACUUCAUCACACACUGUUACUAGCCAUAACUUCAUCACUAGUGCCUACUUUAUACUUACCUACCGUAAUUUCAUCAAUACCUUCUCGUCACAAGAGUUAACAUUCACGAAUGUUAAAAUUUUGAUUUGCAUGAUAUUACGUAAUGAAAAUAGAAAUUAUGUGCGUUAAAGACACUGCAUUGGCACAAUAUAUGGAGUGCAGCAGGGUUCUAUUUUAGCCCCUUCUCGAUAUAAUAUAAAGUUGAAUUUUUCAAGCCUAAGCCCUAAGCAGUGAUUUCGCUCCUCAUGAGCAAUGAGCAUACGUUCAUAGGACUUUAAAAAUAACAAUGCGUUUGAAUCGGAGUAUAGUAUCCAGAAACGCAGUUAGUGAAGAUUAUUAUGGUAAUGUGGUAACUAUAGUGUAAAAAUAUAUUGUAAAGAAUAACCUAAUAAUGCAUGACCGUGUAUAGUUUAUAAAUUAUAUUAAUAGUAAUUUAAACUUUUAAG